GGUUAUUUUGUAUGUUGCACUCAAGUAUUUGGUCGCGGUAUCUCGCUGCUGAGCUCACAUUGAUGUGUCUAAGGUAAAGCCAACCGAGCUCGCAACGCUCCAAACGAAAUAUUUGCAUGCAGAACACCUUAACGAUUACAUUAUCGCUGUACGUAACUUAACCUGCUGUGUUUGAGCAAAGUUGUUUGCCAUGUCCGACGUUGACGAGGAUAUCGGGGCCGAGACUGCGCACGUCAUAGCUGUACCAGAUUCGGAUGAGGACGAUGACGCUGGUCUCACAGCGCUAGCGGAGAGUGCCGCUGCAGAUGACGAUGAGCCGGCUGCUGGCGGGGCGGAGGCCGCGGAGGACGACUAUCAAGACGAAGCUGAGCCGGAGGCAGCGGAGGAGCCGGAGCCAGCAGCCGAGGACAAGGCGGAGGCGGAGCCGGAAGCGGAGCCGGAGCCGGAAGCAGAGCCGGAGCCGGAAGCAGAGCCGGAGCCGGAAGCAGAGGCAGAGCCAGAAGCAGAGGCAGAGCCGGAGCCGGAAGCGGAGGCAGAGCCGGAGCCGGAGGCAGAGGCAUCAGAGCCAGCGCCUGCUGCCAAGGAGCCCGAGCCGGAGGAGCCAGAGCAGCCAGCAGCUAAGAAGGCUGCGAAGACUGAGGAGGACGCGGAGGCCUCGUACCAGGAGGAUUUUGAGCCCACGCUGGGGCUAAGCAGCUCCAAAAUGCCGGAGAAAGAUGAGGGCCCUAGCGCGUCGGGCGACAAGGAGGAGGACGAGGCGGAGCAGUCGGCGGUGGUGGAUGAGCCCGUGGAGGACGAUGAGGAGGAGAAGCCAAAGCCAAAGCCGAUCGAGAAGUCGGCGAGCAGCGCCUCCAAAGCCUCAGUCGCCAGCUCAGCCAAGGCGGCGCCGGCGCCGGCACCGGCGAAGCCCGCGGCGAAGCCCGCGCCCAAGCCAGUGGUCCCGCCGCCAGCGACGAAGCCGGCGCCGCCCAAGCCCGCACCGCCCAAGCCCGCACCAAAGCCCGCCGCACCGCCGCCAAAGCCGGCGCCGGCACCGGCACCCGCGGCGGCAAAGCCCGUGCCGGCCAAGCCGGUAGUAUCGGCCCCCAAGCCGGCGCCCAAGCCCGCGCCGCCAAAGCCCGCGCCGCCACCGCCCGCGCCGCCGCCGGCCAAGCCCUCUGUGCCGCGCCCCGCCGCGCCGCCGCCCAAGCCGGCGGCGCCGCCACCGACGGCGGUUGCGUCCAACGGCCAGAAGGUGAAGCUGACGUUCACGGGGCCGCCCAACACCGUGCGGCCGCAGCCCACCGUCAAGCCCGACUACAGCCACACGGGCUACGAGGUGAAGAAGAUCACUGCUGACAACAUGAAGCUGUGCAACCGGCUGGUGGAGAUCAGCCGCGCCACACCCAACCCCGCCUACAACAACGCGCUGUCGGUGGGCUCGGCGGCGGCCAGCGGCAAGCUGGCGCCGGCCAACGUGUCGGCGGCGGCUGUGAACCGGCACAAGAAGGAGGACAAGAUAGCGCAGGAGAACCUGGCCCUGUACAAACGGCUUCAGGCCGUCAAGCCAAGCCGCGACAUCAACCGUGACGCCCUCAACAAGGACUACGCCAAGUCGCAGGCGUACGGCGACAACGCGCGCAAGUUCCGUCCCAUCGGUGGUGGCGCCACCCACCCCGCCGGCUCCGGCGUCGCCGCCGCCAAGGCCAUGCACGCUGCCUCGCCGCCGCCCGCUGAGGAGGCGGAGGAGGAGGAGGCCGCCGCCGCCGCCUCGCCAGCAAUCGCGGCGCCAGCGCCGCCGCCCCCGGCACCCAAGGCAGUGGAGUCUCAGCCGUCAGUGAAGAAGGCGGCGGUGGAGGAGGAGGCGGCGGCGGCGCCGGAUGAGAGCUAUGCGGAGGAUGCGGGAUUUGAGGAGGAGACACCGGAGGAGAGCUGAGCGGUGGUGGUGGCUUUGAGACGACGCCGGCCACUGGGGAUUGUGCCGUUGCGGCCGUGUUUUGGAAUGAAGGAGGAGGAGGCGGGGGCCUCUUUGGCGCUACGGCGGGAGCCCCUGUGGGGUGGCUUGUGGCUGCACGUCUGCUCAUGGAGGUUGUCAAGGUCGUGGUGGUCAUUGGUCAGGUGUACGGGUGGCCGGCGCGCAAGAGCUAGUAGAAGCCACACACACACCGUGUGUCGUACUGUCCGUACAGCGCUGUUGUGUAUUGCUCGGACAUGAAACGCCGCAUAAGGAGGUCUCUGCAUGUGUCGCUUCGGGAUGCAAAGAGGCCUUGUGGCGCGCUGCAGAAAGCGCGGUGCCGGGUAGAUAGGGAUGGCGAUGUCCGGAGAAAAUCCUAGGGAGGUCAGAAGGGGGUAUGCUGCCUGGUACGGUAGGGGCGCAUACCGUACACACGGUGGGCAAGUCUUUAAUGCCGAGACAGAACACCGGCGUCAUGUAGUAGUAACAGGUAGUGUUAGCAGUACGGAAUCAUUGCUCUUUGGAUGCUGGCGUCACCACGCCUGGAAGUCACGCCGUUACGGACAUCGGGAUUCCAAUCCCUGAAUACACCCUUGCCAACCCAGAACCCAGCAGUGCCCAUGUGCCGUCACAAGGCCCGCCCGCAAUCUGUGCCAGCAGCUCGGCCAGCAGCUCAGUUAUUAACGUGCGUUGCGGAACUAAUGCGUAUGUAGACCAGAGCGGAAGGCGUUGAAGUCACGUGGCGACCCCUUUUGAGCGCUGGGAGAGGCGCAACCAGGCGCAGGAUGCCCACUUCUCACAAGGCGGGGCCGCGACUUCGCAUGGUUCAAUUCUGCACUACUGCGAUGCCCCAUGCCCAGGACAUCAGCGUAUUGGUACUUACGGGGACAGGAUAGCACGCAUGCUCGUGCACACCACCGUGCAACCAACAACAACAUCAGCGUAUUAAGCAACCUCGUGUAGCUCUUCAUACCGUACUUCAGAACAAGUGACCAAAUCCGAUGCAAAACGCCAUGCCAAACCCACCGUUGCAAUCCAUCAAAUGUCCCACGCUGCAAAUGUUGCGCACCGUCUCUGUCAAACACCAAAUGGACACAUCUAUGCCUGGUCACGAUGCCUGGUCUUGGUCUUUCCUUCAUUCACCUCCGGUU